CUAAACAUCUAUCGGCGACUGGUACACUCGUGUGCACGUCACAGACCAAAGUAAUAAUAUAUCUCUCACGCUUCCCCAGUUUGGCGCCAAAAGUUUGCUCACACUUCACAUAACUCGGCAGCAGCAGCAGCAGCAGCAGAGCAUACUUGCUACAGUGAUCGUCUAUCCCGCAGGAAACCCUAGUAAGCUCUCAUGGCGGAGCCCGGCGCUAAGAGAAUCAAGAUUACGAGGGGUGAAGAUGAUUAUAUGCCUGGUAACAUAACUGAGAUUGAGCUUCAUAAUUUCAUGACCUUUAGUCAGUUGAAGUGCAAACCAGGCUCACGGUUAAACCUUGUAAUUGGACCUAAUGGCUCUGGUAAGAGCUCACUUGUUUGUGCAAUAGCACUUGGUCUUGGUGGGGAGCCUCAGCUUUUGGGAAGGGCUUCUAGUAUUGGAGCCUUUGUAAAGCGUGGGGAAGAUAAUGGUUACAUUAAAAUAUCCUUGAGAGGGGACACUAAGGAGGAGUUAAUCACCAUCAUGCGGAAGAUAGAUGCCAAAAACAAGUCUGAGUGGUUAUUUAAUGGGAAAGUUGUGCCCAAAAAGCAUGUACUUGAAAUCAUUAAAAGAUACAAUAUCCAAGUGAACAACUUGACUCAAUUUCUACCACAAGACAGGGUCUGCGAGUUUGCUAAGUUGACUCCAGUUCAACUUCUUGAAGAGACCGAAAAAGCUGUGGGUGAUCCUCGGUUGCCUGUCAUGCAUAGUUCACUUAUUACUAAGAGUGAAGAAUUGAAGAAACUGGAACGAACCAUACAGAGCAGCAAAGAAACUCUAGAUCAACUGAAGCAAGCCAAUGCUGAAAUUGAAGGUGAUGUUGAACGCUUUCGCCAGAGGGAUCUACUUCUAGCAAAGGCUGAACAGAUGAAGAUGAAAUUGCCCUGGCUGCAAUAUGACCUUAAGAAAGUUGCAUAUAAGGAAGCUAAAAAUCGUGAGAAAGAUGCAAAAAAAAAGGUUGAUGAUGCAGCUAAGACAUUGAAUGAACUUAUGGAACCUAUUAAGAAACAGAAACAAGAGAAAGUUGCACAGGAUGGGAUAUGUAAAGAAUUGAGUGAUCUUUUGGACAAUAAUGCUGAAAAGCGUAUGGGCAUUUUGGAGCAUGAUAACCAUUUGGUUGUGCAAAUACAUGGAAAGUACCAGGAAAUGGAAGAUCAAAGGAGGCAGGAAGAAUCUCGUCAAGAAAAGCUUUCUAAAGCUCUAAACGAUCUCAGAGAUGCUGAAUUAGAGCUUGCAAAUUUGCCUACUUCUGAACAUCCCAAAAAUGAACUUGAAGGUUUGCGUACUAUAAUUUUUGAACUGCAAGUCACUGCAAGAGAACUGAGGUCUCAGAAGUUUGAAGCAGAGAAGUCCCUUGAACGAAAUAGGACAUCCUUGAGGCAGUGCCUAGAGAAAUUAAGGGAACUGGAGAACAUGAACAACAAACGCUUACAUGAAUUGCGGAACUCUGGAGCUGAAAAGAUUUUUGAGGCUUAUCGUUGGGUGAAGGAACAUCGUAAUGAGUUCAAUAAAGAUGUCUAUGGUCCAGUUGCAAUUGAGGUAAACAUUUCCAGUACAACCCACGCAAAUUAUCUUGAGGGUCAUAUUCCAUUUUAUGCAUGGAAGGCAUUUAUUACACAAGAUUCUGCUGACCGUGACCUCUUGGUUAAAAACCUCAAGUCAUUUGAUGUCCCAAUUUUAAAUUAUACAGGGGUUGGUAAUGGUACCAGACAGCCUUUUCAACUAACUGAGGAGAUGCGUAGACUCGGCAUUUAUUCAAGACUUGAUCAAGUCUUUGAGGCUCCAUUUGCUGUCAAAGAAGUUUUGAUUAGCCAAUUUGGGCUGGAAUAUUCGUAUAUAGGGUCCAAAGAGACUGAUCAAAGAGCUGAUCAAAUAUCACGAAUAGGAAUUCAUGAUUUUUGGACACCAGAGAACCAUUACCGUUGGAUCAAAUCAAGAUAUGGUCCCAAUGUUUCUGCCAUGGUGGAAACGGUGAAUGGUUCUCGUCUUCUCUCCAAUAUGGAACUUGGAGAAGUUGACAUGCUCAAGGCCCAGAAAAGGGAGCUGGAUGAAGCUGCCUAUUCUUUGGAGGAGAACUUAAAUACAGUCAAGGUUGAGCUAAGAAACAAAGAAAAUGAAGCAGCAGAACUUGAAAAAAAAUAUGAGAGGCUUAUUAAUGCUUCGUUUCAAGAGAAGAGGAGAAGAGUUGAGAUGGAAAAGCUUGUUGAGCAGCGGAAGUUAAAGUUAAAAUCUUUGGAACGAGAGAAUGAUUUGGAUAGCACCAUUACUAACUUAAGUAAACAGGUUACGGAACUGAAGGUUCAGAGAUGCCAGUGUGCAGUUCAACUCAAGGAUUUACUAACUCAGGCUUAUGCUAAUCGAAGGCGUUAUGCUGAGCAGAGCAUGGCUUUAAUUGAGCUUGAGUUUAAGAUUAAAGAGAUGGAAACCAACGUGAAGCACCAGGAAAAGUUGGCUGAGGAAGCAUGUUUGCAUCAUGAGCACUGCAAAAAGAAAUUGGAGGAUUGCCGUGAUCAAUUAUCAGCUGCCAUGAGGCAUGCUGAAUCCAUCGCAUUGCUAACUCCUGAAUUGGAACAGGCAUUCAUUGAGAUGCCUUCCACCAUUGAAGAAUUGGAGGCUGCUAUACUAGACACUGUUUAUCAAGCCAAUUCUAUUCUUUGUCUUAACCCUAAUGCCCUCGAACAAUAUGAGACUCGCCAAAGAAAAAUAGAUUCUCUUUCAAAGAAACAUGAAAUGGAUGAAAAGGAAUUAAGUUGUCAUUUGAAUGAAAUUAAUGCUCUAAAGGAAAGUUGGCUUCCAACAUUGAGAGACCUUGUCUCUCAGAUAAAUGACACUUUCAGUCGUAAUUUUAGAGAAAUGGCUGUUGCAGGAGAGGUUUCAUUGGAUGAGCACGAUAUGGACUUUGAUAAAUAUGGGAUUCUAAUUAGAGUUCAAUUCAGGGAAACAGGACAACUUCAAAUUCUUAGUGCCCACCACCAAUCUGGAGGCGAGCGCUCUGUUUCAACUAUUCUUUACCUUGUUUCUCUUCAAGACCUAACCACUUGCCCUUUUAGAGUGGUUGAUGAAAUAAAUCAAGGAAUGGAUCCAGUUAAUGAAAGGAAAAUGUUUCAGCAAUUAGUCAGAGCAGCCAGCCAACGUAAUACACCACAGUGUUUCCUACUUACCCCAAAACUCUUGCCGAAUCUUGACUAUAGCGAUGCAUGCAGUGUUCUCACUGUAAUGAAUGGGCCAUGGAUUGAGCAGGCUUCCAAAGCCUGGAUCAAUGGAGAAAGCUGGAGAUCAGUGACGAGGAGGGCAUCAGAAGAGAGGUGUCACUAGGAAAUGUAAAUCAUGCAUGGAGAUUGCACCAUAUGCUUGCUGUUUUUGAGAGCUCCAGUAGUAGCUGAUUACUUGAAUCUGUUGUAUAUGUGUGUUUUGCUGAUAACCUGAAUCUAGAAAUCAUUCUGCCCUUCAACAUUUCUGAAGUUUCAAACAUCAAGUUCUUGUAGUAAGCUGUAAUAGGCUGUAUAUUGAUAUCAUUGCAGAAUGAUUGGUCAAUUCAUGGACAUUUCAAAUGCGUUGAAAAUUAUCCCUUUUUAGAACUUCAUUUCAUUUA